AGGGCAGCCCCGGGCAGGGUGGGUGGGGAGGGAGCCGAGCGCCUCCCGCGGGCAGAGCCAGGGGGAACCCCAGGCCGGCCGCGGAGUUAGCAGGCCCCCAGUGGACCCCUCGGCGGGCGGCAGCCCACCCUCCGUGUAGCCCCGGGCAAAGCCCAAGAACACCCCCAUGGCUGCAGCCAAGGCCGAGAUGCAGCUCCUGCCCUCGCUGCAGAUGGCCGACCCUUUCGGACCCUUCCCGCACUCGCCCCCUACUAUGGACACCAACUACCCCAAGCUAGAAGAGAUCAUGUUGCUCGCCGGUGGGGGGCCACAGUUCCUCAAUCCCGUCGGUGGCCCCGAGAGCGGCGGCGGCGGCAGCGGCGGCUUCAAUCCCUCCGGCGACGGUGGGGAGCACUCCUUCGAGCACCUCGCUGCAGACACUUUUCCCGAGAUCUCUCUGAACGGCGAGAAACCUUUAGCAGAGACCAGCUAUCCGACCCAAACUACCCGCCUCCCGCCCAUCACCUACACCGGCCGCUUCUCUCUGGAGCCGGCGUCGAGCGGCGGAGGAGGCAGCACCCCGUUAUGGCCGGAGCCUCUCUUCAGCCUGGUGAGCGGCCUGGUGGGUAUGGCUAACCCCCCGACUACGUCGGCCCAGUCUUCCUCCGCCUCUUCGCCGAUCGCCAGCUCCGCUUCUCCCAGCCCGGCUUUGAGCUGCUCGGUGCAGGCCAGCGACCCCAGCCCCAUCUACUCAGCGGCGCCCACCUUCCCCAACCCCGGCGGGGCUGACAUCUUCCCAGAGCCGACCAGCCAGCCGUUUCCCAGCCCGUCGGGAGCCUCACUACAGUUUCCGCCUCCGGCGUACCCGACGGCCAAGAGCGGCUUCCAGCUGCCCAUCAUUCCGGACUACUUAUUCCCGCCUCAGCCGCCACCGCAGCCGGGCGACCUGGGUCUGGGCUCGGUGGAGCAAAAGCCCUUCCCGGGCCCGCAGCCCUCACUCACUCCGCUCUCCACCAUCAAGGCCUUCGCUACCCAGAGUGGCGGCGGCAGCUGCGGCACCGGCACCGGCACUCCGCAGGAGGCCAAGAGCCUGCCAAGCGGCGGCUCCUACCAGGCGCAGCUGGUCAAGCCCAGCCGCAUGAGGAAGUAUCCCAACCGGCCCAGCAAGACCCCGCCGCACGAGCGGCCCUACGCUUGCCCCGUCGAGUCCUGCGACCGCCGCUUCUCGCGCUCAGACGAGCUCACCCGCCACAUCCGCAUCCACACCGGCCAGAAGCCUUUCCAGUGCCGCAUCUGCAUGCGCAACUUCAGCCGGAGCGACCACCUCACCACACACAUUCGCACGCACACAGGCGAGAAGCCCUUCGCCUGCGACAUCUGCGGCCGUAAAUUCGCCCGCAGCGACGAGAGGAAGCGCCACACCAAGAUCCACCUCCGGCAGAAGGACAAGAAGGCCGACAAGGGCUCCCCCGGGACCCAGACACCCUCGACUUCCUCCCCUCUGGCCCCUUACUCGGCCUCGACCUGCUCUACCUCGUAUCCCUCGCCCGCAGCCACCUCUUUCCCCUCACCGGUGCCCGCCUCCUACUCAUCCCCGGCGACUUCCUAUUCUUCCCCCGUGACUUCGGCCUUCCCUUCGUUCCCCUCGCCCUCGGUGGCCACCAGCUACGCCUCGAUCGCCUCUUCCACCUUUCAGAGCCAGGCGGGGCUAGGGGGCAGCCCCUAUCCCUCUCCCGGCGGCCUCUCCAGCCCCUUCGGCUCCUCAGUGACUUCAACCCUUCCCGACUUGGCCUCCACUUUCUCGCCUCGGACCAUUGAGAUCUGUUGAGAGAAGAAAGGGUCCCAAAAGGGCCUGGUGUAGGCCCGGCUCCUCCGGACCUUUCAACUGCCUGAAAAGCAGCUCGACAACUCCGGGAUCGUGGAGUUGCUCCACUUCUGUCCAAGAACUGAACCUUGCAUGGAUGAGCAAGCGCGACCUUCUUUCCCGAGAGCCCCCGCCCCCUUUCCCUUCUCUCCGGGGGGGGGGGGGGCGCGAUCCAUCAGAAAGCAAAGGACGCUGGGCUCCAGGCCGUCUCAAUUGUGAUAUCGUGUGCCUGCCCACCCUGCCACGGCUUUGCUUCCGCUGGGGACCCUCGACGUGCCAAUUCUUUGCAAAUUCAUCUUGCUUAUUCUUUGGAGUACGAAGGACCAUUAUUAUUAUUAUUUUGUAAGUUGUGAGUUUUGCUCUUUUAGUGACGACAAAGCUGUACUGACUUUUACAACGUGUCUGGGGGAGGGGGCUCGGGAGUUUAAAAAAAAAGCAGCACUUAAAACUAUGUAUUUGAGCAUGUCAAGAGUGUGAUGUUCUUUGUAAAUAUCACCUUAAGGAUGAAAAGCACUCUCAUGUGGCAAAAAGUUACUUAGUUUUCCUCCGUUUUUUGUUUUUUUUUCCCAGUCCCAAGUCUUGGUGCCUUGUUGUGAAGCCCUGCUGACGUCAUGCAUUGGUGUGAUUGGAUGCUUUGCAUCUAGCCUUAAGAGAAAAGGGAAAGUGUGAAAAGGAGGGACUGAGGCUCAGAAACAAAAAUGCGAAAGAGAGAAAGGAGCGUAAGGUGGAAUGUAAGCAAAAACAAAACACAAAAAACCGUACUUCUUAAAAGUCUAUUUUUGUUACAGAAGUGUAAAAAUUUAUAAAUACAUUCAGCAGUUGAAAUGUUGUAGUUACCUACUGAGUAGGCGGCAAUUUUGUAUGUUAUGAACAUGCGGUUCAUUAUUUUUGUGGUUUUAUUUUUGACUUUGUACUUGUGUUUGUUUAUAAGCCAACACAUUGAAUGCGCUUUACUGCCAAUGGGAUAUUUGGUGUACAAUAACCUCCAGAAAAGUUAAUAAAACUAUCAACAGACCAGCA